AUGGCAGAGACCCAAAACUUAACUAUUCCUGAUGUUCAACAUUCAGUCAGCCACCUAGCUACCCCUUCAAGAAGAGGUCAUCGUCAUAAAAGAUCCUUUGCCAUUUCUGGGGAUUUCGAAUUUUUAAAACAACCACCACCUUCACAACCUUUUUCCUUUUCUCCUGUCUCAAAGCAUAUAACAAAUGAUCCUACUUUAGUCCCUCCUCUCCCGACAUUCAUUUCCUCUGAAACAUAUAAAAUGAAAAACAAUACUCCUUCUAACCCCACUAUAUUAUAUUCUCCUUUACAAUCCAAUAAAAUAUCCGAUCCAGAGUCUCAAAAUCUAUUGAAUCCUACAACUACACCAAGAAAAAAGAACGAUCUAUUCAACCAAGCAAGUCCCAGAUUCUUCAUCAGCGAAGAACCUAAAUUUUCUUCGCCUAUUAAAGGUGUCCCUGAUGCAAUCAUUAACCUGGACGACGUUUUAAAAACUAGGCCAAGGUCUUUCAAAUCUCACAGAAGAACAGAAUCUGCUCCUGCAGGUCUAGAAAUUAUAUUCGAUUCGUCUGACCCAAUAGGUAUCAAUAGCAAUAGUAGUGGCAAUAUCGGUUGUGACAGUAAUCCAAUUGAAGAAGAAGAAGAUAUUGACAGCAACGAACAGAACAAUUUGCCAAACAAUAAUAUCACUGACAUAAACACGUAUAAAUAUAGGUAUAGAUCAAAUUAUACACCUUCAAACAAGGAUACGGCCAGUAAAGAUGGAAAAAAUGUACCUACUGUAUUAAUGUCACCAAUGAGACCAUCAUCUCCCAUAUUCCAAUCAAUAUCAAGAAAUGUUAACACUAGUCCAAUCAGAAAUAAUGCUAAUUCUGAAACAAGUGAUACUUAUAAUUCAUUGAGAAUAAAAGGUCAAAAACAAAGAUAUUACCAUUACACCAAACAAUUGAAUAUUCCCAAUAAUAUAACAAGCCCUCUAUUGAUUCCUGCAUCACAUGGAAAUAAUUUGAAAUUCAAACCAAACAAUAAUAGUACCACUGCCAAUGCCACUACUAUUCAAUCUCAAUCAUUAAAAGAACAGUCGUCUAUGAAUUCUUUGACUUCCAAUUCCUCAAAGACACCUUUAUCCCCGGCAAAUACCCCCUCUUUACAACCAUAUAAUACACCUUCCACUCCAAUAUCAUACUCUGAACAUAAGAAAUUAUCUUUUAUAGAAUCACAUAACAGCACUAAUACCACCAAUAAUAACACUGGUAAUGUAUCAUAUAGAAUUCCUCAUAAAAAAUCAUGGACUGAUCAAACAAGACGUCAAAUGAGUCCCAGCAACUUCUAUGGACAACAACAACUACAGCAUUUGGCUAAAGGGUUCUCACAAUCAUCACAUACCAAACAUUUGAAUAAUGAUACCAACACAAUAAAAUUGGCAAAUACUGGAACACCAAACUCUUUUAAUUUUGAAAGUAAAGUUUAUGACAUUGAAUAUAACAAUGAAGAUAGUCUUAACCAAGAUAAUGGGAAGUCAUCCAAUCAGACUCAAGAGAUUAUAAUCGACAAGAUAUAUCAAACUAACUUCACAGAUACUGAUGAAACAGAUAUACUAAAUGAGACUAAUAGAUUUAUAUUAUCAGAGGACAUAUUGUUAGGUGAACCAGGUGAUGCUGUUGAUUUAUCUUCCACAGGAUACGAUCAAUCAGAUAAUACUAAUACUAAUACUAAUACUAAUACUAACACCAAUACCAACACCAACACUAAUUCUAAUAAUAACAUAAAUCGUACAAAGCAGAAUACAAAAAAUACCAAUGCUGCAAAGAUAACGACGACUACCAGGAUGUAUAAUCACGAAUUAAAAAUCGAUUCAACAACGUCUUCAAUAAGCAGUAAACCUAUUGACAAAAAUACAUCAAAUGCAAAUUCAACCAUUGAUAGAGCUAUACAAUCGCCACAAUCAUCUGAAUCCAGAGUUUCAAAAUCAAAAGAAGCCACAACACCAAAUUAUGAUUUACGUAAAUUUGAAAUUAGAAGUAUAAGUGAUGGCAUCGUGCAGUUAAAUAUAAAUAAUACUGAAAAUGAACAAGAAAAAAGAUACCGUAAGAAAAAAUCGAGACUAAGUGUACUUAUCAACAAUUUAUUUAAAUAA